AUGCACUCCGGCUUUUUAAAGGGCAGAGAUUCACAUUCUGCACAGCUGCAGAAGAAAAAUGCACUCUCCGGCUUUUUAAAGGGCAGAUAUUCACAUUCUGCACAGCUGCAGAAGUUCCCUCCCGGCCCGGCCGGAGCGGCCCCCGGGUUGGAUUUCCGGGGCAUCCGGGGCCAUCGGAGGGGCCUCGGCAUUUGGACCAGACGAAAAAGAGACUCGUGUGUGAACUGUGAUCGGAAUAGCAAUGAGGCAGAAGCCGCAAGUGCAAAAUUUCCCCUCUCCCUGACUUCCUGGAAAGGAGAUGACGUGGCAGGGGGGCCUGGGUUCAAAUCCGGCGGCGGGCCCGCGGAGCCCCCCGGCUACCAGGUGGUCACCUUCAAGUGGCAUCACGUCCAGGACCCCUACAUCAUCGCCCUCUGGAUCCUGGUGGCCAGCCUCGCCAAGAUCGUUUUCCACCUGUCCCAUAAAGUCACGAGCAUCGUCCCGGAGAGCGCCCUGCUCAUCGUGCUUGGCCUCUUCCUGGGGGGCAUCGUGUGGGCGGCCGACCACAUCGCAUCCUUCACCCUCACCCCGACGGUCUUCUUCUUCUACCUGCUGCCGCCCAUCGUCCUGGACGCCGGCUACUUCAUGCCCAACCGGCUCUUCUUCGGGAACCUGGGCACCAUCCUGCUGUACGCCGUCAUCGGGACCGUGUGGAACGCGGCCACGACCGGGCUUUCCCUCUAUGGGGUCUACCUCAGCGGAAUCAUGGGAGAACUCAAUAUCGGCUUGUUGGAGUUCCUCCUGUUUGGAAGUCUGAUCGCUGCAGUCGAUCCAGUGGCUGUCCUGGCUGUGUUUGAAGAAGUCCAUGUGAACGAGGUCCUGUUUAUCAUAGUUUUUGGGGAGUCGCUACUCAAUGACGCCGUCACCGUGGUGCUGUACAAUGUCUUUGAAUCUUUCGUAGCGUUGGGAGUGGACCAAGUGACCGGAGUGGACUGUGUGAAAGGCAUAGUGUCGUUCUUUGUGGUGAGCCUGGGAGGCACCCUCAUUGGCAUCAUCUUCGCCUUCCUCCUCUCCUUGGUCACCCGCUUCACCAAACACGUCCGCAUCAUCGAGCCAGGCUUCGUCUUCAUCCUGUCCUACCUGUCCUACCUCACCUCCGAGAUGCUUUCGCUGUCUGCCAUUUUGGCGAUUACGUUCUGCGGCAUCUGCUGUCAAAAGUACGUGAAGGCCAACAUCUCCGAGCAGUCCGCCACGACGGUGCGCUACACCAUGAAGAUGCUCGCCAGCGGCGCCGAGACCAUCAUCUUCAUGUUCCUGGGCAUUUCCGCCGUAAACCCGGACAUCUGGACUUGGAACACGGCAUUCAUCCUCCUCACUUUGGUCUUCAUUUCCGUGUACAGAGUCAUCGGGGUGGUUUUACAGACCUGGAUCCUGAACAGAUACCGGAUGGUCCAGCUGGAAAUCAUCGACCAGGUGGUCAUGUCCUACGGCGGGCUGCGGGGAGCCGUGGCCUUUGCCCUGGUAGCUCUCUUGGACGAGAACAAGGUGAAGGAGAAGAACCUCUUCGUGAGCACCACCAUUAUCGUCGUGUUCUUCACCGUCAUCUUCCAGGGUCUGACCAUCAAGCCCCUGGUGCAGUGGCUGAAAGUGAAGCGCAGUGAGCAUCGGGAGCCCAAACUCAACGAGAAGCUCCACGGCAGGGCUUUUGAUCACAUUCUCUCUGCCAUCGAAGAUAUAUCUGGACAGAUUGGACAUCAUUAUCUGAGAGACAAGUGGUCCAAUUUCGACCGGAAGAUCCUGAGCAAAGUCCUGAUGAGGAGGUCGGCUCAGAAAUCGCGAGACCAGAUCCUGAAUGUUUUCCAUGAGCUCAACCUGAAGGACGCGAUCAGUUACGUGGCAGAGGGAGAGCGCAGAGGAUCCCUGGCCUUCAUCCGCUCUCCCAGUACAGACAACAUGGUCAACGUGGAUUUCAGCUCCCGUCGCCCUUCCACCGUAGAAGCCUCCGUCUCCUACUUGCUGAGAGAAAACGUCAGCACCGUCUGUUUGGACAUGCAGGCCUUGGAGCAGAGGAGGCGAAGUUUGCGAGACACGGAGGACAUGGUCACUCAUCACACCCUCCAGCAAUAUUUGUACAAACCCAGGCAAGAGUACAAGCACCUGUACAGUCGACAUGAGUUAACGCCGGACGAAGAUCAAAAACAAGACAAAGAGAUCUUCCACAGAACAAUGAGGAAGCGGUUAGAGUCCUUUAAGUCCACAAAACUUGGAAUAAACCAGACCAAAAAGACAGCCAAACUCUACAAGAGGGACCGAGGUCAGAAGAGGCGAAACAGUAGCAUACCCAAUGGAAAAAUACCAACUGAUACCUCAGCGCAUGAUUUUGCUUUCAAGGAGAAAGAAAUGGAGCUCUCGGAUCCGGAGGAGGCCGGAGAGUUCGAUCCCAUGCAGAUGAGUGGAGGAAUUGAGUUUCUGGCCAGCGUCACUCAGGACCCAGCCACCGACUCGACCACGGGUGAGGCCAACUCCGACGCGCCGCUGACGGGCUAUCCUCCUCGGGAAAAUCCGCCGUCUUGGAAAGCGGAUCCUUCCGGCCUCCACGCCUGUGCCCCCGAAAAGCCCCUGCUCUUACUCCCCGCUUGCCUGCAGCGGCCGAGAACCCAGAACUACUCCUCUUUGGACAACCAAGGAGCCAACCUCCUCUCUCCCGCCUCCGAGUACACGGCCCCCUUCGCCCCCAAAGGGGCCGAGCCCGCCGUCGGCCAGAGCGAGCAAGCGCCCGGGAAUUCCGGCUACGGCUCCGACACGAAGGAGGAGUCGGGGGAUGCCAAGCCAAACCCCGCUCGAGCUCUGAAAGAGGAGGAGGCGGAGCCCUCCGUGAAAGCCGUCCCGGAGAAAAAAACUUUCUUCAACGUCCACGCUCACUUGAGGUCGGCCGCGGCCAGACGGGUCCAGAGCCGGCGCUCUUUCCAUCGGCCCAAACCCUUGCGCUACCCCAAGCUGCAAAAACUAGCCUCCCUUCCUCAGUCUUGCCACAUUCUGCCACAUUCUCUGGAACAAGAAGAAACUCAGCUUUGAUCCCCGGAAGCGUCGGCCAAACGAGCCGAGCCGAGAGCGCCGGACGAGACGGGCCGGGAGUGCGAGGGGAUAUUACAGUUCUACGUCUCCGGGACUGUCCGUCCGUCAGUCAGUCGUAUUUAUUGAGCACUUUACUGUGUUUAGAGCAGUGUAUGAAGCGCUUGGGAGAGUGUAACAGACACAUUCCCUGCCCACGGCGAGCUUACAGAACGACGGGAAAAUCAAAUCGUGCGGGGACGAGGGGGCGUCCGCUUUCUCCUCUCCUCCUUCUCGUGGCCCCUCCCCACUCACUCCCAUCCCGUUAAUCGUAUUUCAUUCAGUCGUAUUUAUUGAGCGCUUACUGUGAGCAGAGCACUGUACUAAGCGCUUAGUACGUUAGCACUGAGGAGGUCUGCAAGUCCAGCGAGAGGAGGCACGAUGCGGUUAGGCCACUUAGGCACUUUCCGAGGACCGCGAGGAGACGACCUGCGCCCCAGAUGCUGGGAUGGUCUGGAAGUUUGAGUGAGUUAAUGAGCCCUUAAGCCCACAGAUGCCCAUGAUGAGACACCAUUUUACCUCCAGGACCGGCAGAUUCGGUCCUGAACAAGAACUAAGCGACCCCUUCCCCACCCCUAGCGCGGCUACAGCGAGAAGCCUGACCGAUUUCUGACCGAGGGCUGGGGUUGAGGUUCAUCACCAGCCCUGCUCGUCCCCAAAGGGAUGAAGACCGCAGCACGGAAACACAGCAGGCCGCGGCCCCCUUCUCCCCAGCUUCUUUCUCAGCCUGACGGACGCCCUCUUCCCCUUCCUCCACAGGCCCCGGGCCCCACGGACUAGUGCCUUUUCCUUCCCUGGAAAACCAGUCUGGAUUGAUUUUUUUUUUUAAUUUGGAUUUUUCAUCAUUCGGUCCUCGAAGGCGUCUAAUCGUGGAGGUUGGAUUCCACGAUGUACAUUACCCCCCUUCCUUAGAGGUGCUCAAUCAAUUACCACCUAAUUGCUCUCACACCCACCGAAACAGUAAGGACCGCAGACCUAAUUGGCUCCCAGAAAGUCACAGCUAAACUGUUAGCUGGGCUGGGGGUCGUUAUCUCAGUGCCCCCCAACCCCUUGCAGUCUCUGCAUGACGUUACCACCUGCUGAAGUGAAAAUAGCUGCCGUGUGGCCUAGGCAAUAGUGGGAAUGGCAAACAGAAGUCAACCGUGAAGGAAAGGAUCACCGUUUCAUCCGUACCACUUUGCGUCCGUCUUCCAGCUCUCCUGAUGUUGAUCCUUUCCCAACUUUUCACAUGCUCAUUUUCCGGUUGUUGGGUACGUCUCUUCUUGCCCUCGGUUGCGUGGUGCAAGUGCCAAGAUCGACUCAGGAAUCGAAGCCCCCGGCACUUUCCAACGAGAAGGUGGAUGUUUGUGCACUGACAAACGUCGUGUUUCGCAGCCUUUGAGGGAUUUCUCACCCAGCCUGGAGGAGUAAAUGAACACGGACUUCAGCCAAAUUGCCAAACUGUAGCAGAGUCCUGCCCCUUGGAAAGCACACACGAGCACACGCUAGGCUCUCUCAAGCAUCUGGGCCUGGGGGGAUGCGGUUUGGGGGAUGGUGCCCGUGUUUGAGGUCUCCAU